AUGGCUGCGUCAUCGGACAGUCCAUCGGGGGCCUCGUCGACUCAACAGCAGCACGAGGCUGGUGCUGGUGCUUCUGGUGCUCCUGAGGUUGAUCUCGCUCAGCCUUAUAAGCUCAUGGCUAACCAGAUACAUAUCAUCCAGGCACUCAGAGAUCUCGCUAGAGGCGAACAAGCCGCCACAGCAAUGGAAGCAAAUCUCACCAACCUCGAAUCUAAACUCGACGCCCUCCUCGCCGCGUUUGAACCCCUCGAAGACGAGAAGAAGGGCGUAAAGAGCAGUACACUAAAGACGGGUGAGGAGGAGGAGAAGAAGUGA